AUGCUGCUUUAUCCAAGAAGCAUUCAUGAAGAUAAGUUCAAGAGCUUGAAGCUUAACAAGGGGUUCACAGUGCCUACCCAGUAUUUUGUUUGUGAAAAAAGGGUUUGUAGACGAAAUCCGGUAGGUUGGCUUAGUUAUUUCAGAACUGCAAGGUGCAGUUGUUGGAAGUUGAUGAAUAAAGAAGCUAUUCUUCGAGUGAAAAAGAAUGUGGUAAAAGAUGAAACUGCGGGAGAAUCGACAUUUUUUAUAACUGACGAUCUAAGAAUAAUGCAAGGAUUACCAGGUGAUUUAAUUCAAUCCCUUCUCAAUUUUGGUAUCAAGAAUGUUAGUCUCAUUGAAGAAAAGGUUCUAGAAAUUGGAUCAGCAGAGAUGUGUAAUCUUUUGAGCCAUCUUUUUAUCUCAAAGAUGACGUUAACCGAUGUUUUUCUGAGAAAACAAGGAAGUCUCAGCAGUACAGCCAUGCUCGAUGAGCAAUUCAUGCUCGUACGAGCACCUAAUACGAAAGAGUCAAAUGAAAAUGAUAGCAAAACAAGUGUGAAAAUCAUGUUGAGAAAGUCUGAUAGCAAGUUAUUAUAUGCUGAAGCAAGUGCAAAUUUUGUUGACCUCCUAUUUAGCUUCCUCACCAUGCCAUUAGAAUCUAUGUUAGAACUUGUUGGUGGUAAUGGUAACGUCACAAUUGGAUGCAUAUCGAACUUCUUGAACGAUUUAAAAACCAUAUUCUCCAUAAAGAAAAAGAAAUUCCGGAAAUGUGUUCUUCCCCCGUUUUAUAGUUGUCCCGAUGUGUUUCCCGAUAUCCGUUCUUGUAAACCUCCUAAAUAUUAUUGUAACUCAGUACCAAGACCAAAUGGCCUUAACUUCUACUUGACAUGUUACCAUGAAACAGGCAGGCUGUUAACAUUUAUGGACCCGAAGUCUCCAACGCCAAACAUGGAAAAUAGUUCGGGCUAUGUUGAGAAAAACUCACUGUUUGUUAUAACAGAUGAUCUUGUAGUUAAAUCUCUAUCCUCGGUUUCUAGCAUUUCUUUACUAAAGGAAAUAGGGAUCUCGGCCGAUGAUGUUGAAGAGCAAGUUAUUAUCAUUGGAGAGGUUGAAAUUGCAGAACUUGGUUCAACAGCUUCUGGUCUUGGCCUGCUCUGCAUGAUCGGAUGA